AUGCAUGCUUUCAGCUUCACUGGAGCACAGCAGCAGGAGGCAGGGAGGGAGAGGCAGGGGUGGGUUGAGGGUGGCGACAGGGGCUACAGCAAAGCAGAUGGGAGUGCAGGGAGUGCAGUGCAGGAGGGAGAGAGUGCGGUUGGGGCAACUAGCAGAGGUGACAGUGAUGAUGGUGCUGCUGACGUCUUUCAAGUGUUGCUCGACGCCAGCCAUGGCACCGCUGAGGUGCUUGUGGAGCUGCCUGUCCGUGCACACGCAGGCGCACAGCCGCGGUGGGUGCUGGUAAAGCUGCUCCUCACUGUCGCCGACCAGGCGUCCAAUCGCCGCCUCAUUCGUGUGCCUGUUGCAUUCAAUUCAAGUGUGGAAUUGUCCUGA